AUUAAUCAGAUCAACCCCGCGGCCGCGACACGACAUCUCGAUUCGAUGGAUCGAUCUCCGGCUCUCGGCGCAGAUCAGCCGGCCGCCAUGUCGCACGACGACGCCGCCAACAUCCCGGCCCCGGGGGUCGACGGCCGCCGGCAAUACGUGUUAGACCGGCCCGCGUUCGGGCGCGGGGCCCAGUUGCUUUACGAUCUGCCCACCUCGCCCGAGUUCCUCUUCGAGGAGGAAGCGCUCCGGAAGAACCGCACCUGGGGCGAGAACCUCACCUUCUACACGGGCGUCGGCUUCUGCGCCGGAUCCCUGACCGGCGGGGCGCGAGGGCUCGGCCGGGCCAUCGCUGCGGCGGAGCGCGGGGAGAGCGCCAAGUUGCGCCUCAGCCGCGCCCUCAACGAGUGCGGCUCCGUGGGCAGGAAGCACGGCAACCGGCUCGGCGUGAUCGGGCUGCUAUUCGGGGGCGCCGAGAGCGCCGUCCGCCACUUCCGCGACGACCAAGACGAUUGGAUCACCACCGUGUCGGCGGGGGUCGGGACCGGCGCGAUCUACGGCUGCCCGUCCGGCCCGCGGGCGGCCGUCGUACGCGGCAUUGUGGGGGGAGUCCUGGCCGGGGCUUCCACCGCGGUGAAGCCGCUGCUUGAGAAGUUUGCGCCGGAUCUUGCUGCUAGAUUCAAGUUAAUAUCAUAGGCGACUGUACUUGCCAAAUCAACAAAAUUCAGAUGGUUUGGCUUCGUGGUGUUUAAUGUUACAAAUUACAAUAUAUAC